GCGUUUCUUUAACCCUAUAUUUACCGCAUCUACCUGUCUAAAGCUAGCUUGGGAAAGAAGAAAAGCGAGGAUGGCUGCCUGCGACUCGACUCGACUCGACUCUACUAGGUAGUAGUAGAGAUCUAUGAGGGCCUGCGCCCUUAAAUUUUAUCACGAAGCUUCAGUGCAAGCAAGCAGCAAACGCGGAUAGGCUCUACCGGUAGUAGCUACCAGGAGUAUUCUACGAGUUCAGCGUAGGCAGGAUCCAACAGGAGACACCCACCCAUAGCCCGCUCUAUCCACAGUUUCACACAUCUCGGGACCUAUCAGUGGUACCAUUAUGAUGACAACUGCAGCUGGACGCGUCGCGGUUGUGACAGGAGCCAACAAGGGUAUCGGGUACUUCAUUGCUCUUCAACUCGGUGUAUCGGGCAUCUUUGAGCACAUUGUCUUGGGAUGUCGCGAUGUAUCCAGGGGUGAGGCAGCCCUGGCAACGAUGAAACCGCUGUUACCAUCGACUGUCAAAGCAUCGUGCUUGCCGCUGACUAUUGGAGAUAGCCAAAGCCAUCUGUCGUUUCGCACUAAAUUGGAAGAAUUGCUAGGACCUCCUGCCAAGGUGGAUGUGCUUGUGAAUAACGGGGCGAUUGCUUUCAAAAACAGCGACCCGACCCCCUUUACCGAGCAGACCAAGCCAACCUUGGACAUCAAUUUUCGUGGUACUGUCGAAUUCACGGAAACAAUGCUUCCCUUGUUGAGACAAGCUGGGAAGCACACGAGAGAUAGCAGGAUCGUCAAUGUGGCAUCACAAUCAGGAUAUCUAUCCCAGCUCAGCCCCGAACUGCAGCAACAAUUUGCAUCGCCCACACUGACAAUGCCAGAAUUAAAGGCUCUCAUCGAUCAAUUUGAAAAAGAUGUCCAAGCAGGCACUCAUAUAUCCAAAGGGUGGUCAAAUAGCAACUACGGUAUCUCCAAGCUCGGCCUCAUUGCUGCCACCAAGAUAUGGGCUCGUGAGGAAGCAACUAACCAAAUCACAGUCAAUGCAAGCUGCCCAGGGUACUGCGACACAGAUAUGUCCUCCCACAAGGGGCCGCGGCCGCCUGAAGAAGGUGCCAAGAAUGCUGUUUUACCAGCCACCAUGGAGAAUCCACCAACUGGGGAGUUCUUUUCUGAUCUGAAGGUGCGGCAGUGGUAGUAGUACAUGGAUAGGAGCUGGAGAGAAGCUGGCUGGCUAGAUCGAAUCUUCCCCUUGGAUUUCAUUGUGAAACAAGAUGAACAGUAUUCUUGAGUUAUUCUUGAUAAUUCUUUUGUGAACAUGUGUGUACCGAAUGGAAGGUUCUACUGUAGCAAGUCUUCCUCUUUGGUUGAGCAUCAAGCCCCCUGGGAGUUUGUAAGUGAGCAUGAUAGGUCCCAAAAGAUAAAGCUUGCAGAGCCUGCCUCGCCCAAGUCAGCGCCUGUAACGCAUAGCCUAUCGGUAGCCUUAUCUCCCCCUUCGACACUACAGUGUAGUACCUUUUUGACCUUUCAUUGAACAAAUAAGGACACGCCACAAACAAGCUAACAACCUUGCCUACCGGUACGGAGCCAGAUAGCCAGUCAGUAAUAACAGCACACAUCACACCAUGCGUACUAGCUAGACUAGUAUCAGCAAAUUGGAAAUGCUGCUGCUAGCUACUAGAGUAGCUACUA